CGCGCGAGAAACUGCACUCAUUUUGGCUCAGCGCAAGGAGCCACUCUCAGUCGAACUGAAUGUUACCGCGUUCCAAAAUGGCCGACCACGGGGACACAGUUUCCCCGGCAUGUUCCUCUAGCGCUACACGCUCGGACCAACGUCAGAGCCUCGAUUGAAAAGAAAAAUAUAUUCUCUCUGACUCACUCAAAUGAAUUUAACCCCUGCAUCACCCGUUCCCACGGCGAGAGGCGUUGAGCAUCAUCGACAUGCUGCAAAACUAGCGUUCGAGACACAUGUGGACACUGCGGUGAAACCGAAUGGCGGCGAGGGGCGGCAGGUGCAGGGCUAUCCAGGGAGCAUCAGGAGGGAAUGCACGUCUGUUCAACAUGUGAGCAGUUCAUUCAUUAGCGAAUAUCUUUAGUCAGUGGCAUCAAUAAGGCUUGACAUUAUGUCACAUACUGGAAUACACAACCGUUUUUUGUAUUUAAUUAGUUGUCAUCCAACGCAGUCUCUAUAAAUUGUCUUAAAAUGUUAGUGACAGCUGUGCUCCAUCAGCAUGGGUGUUAUUUAAUGAUCUCGCGCGCAUUGGCUUGACACUGUGGACGAGCACGCGGACGCUGUAUUGCGCGUCUCAGCUGUUUCGGGACCUGAGCGCCUUUGCGCUGAUUAUACAAAGCAACAUAAAACUCGACAGGCAGUGGACAUCGUGCUGCAAGGAUUGUAUUUCUUCUCGGUUUUGUUUCAGUUGAUCGGGAGGAACGCGUUGCGACUAUCAGCGACAAAAGAAAAAUCAAUAAACAUCUGCUCGGUUUUAACUCAUAAAAAUCACAGAUUUCUUGCGUUGGAACGUCGAAUUUGGAGAUUUAAACGACUUAGAUGUCUUCGUUUUGGGACGUAUUCUACAUAUCGCCUCAUUAUCGCGCAGCUGUAAGCGUUGGAGACGCUCGAUUGUCUUCAAGGACUGUCUGGGCAAUAAGUGUGAAACCGCUCGUGAGUAAACGACAAACGUGUGCAUGAAACAUUAAUGAUAGAUGUGAUUAUUUUACACUGAAGAGAGAUUUGGGUUCAAAAAUAAUGGAAUAAAGGUGCGAAGAUGCACAGUAUGUGUUAUGAAAUAAUCAAAUGUGUUGAACGGACUUUGCAACGAGUUGAAAUACAUCAUGCGUGGGAAAUCCAGGUGAUGUCUUAAAAUGUAUAAUGAUAAGCAAUAUUAAUGGCUUGAAUGAAGAGAGCUUGCUAUUGUAAUUAGGGUGCAAAGAAGAGAGAAGGGGGAAUUGGGUUGUUCUGAAAGACAUGCGCACACCUCCCAGAAGCCAAUUUAGUAUUGCAGUGGAUUUAUCAGAAGAACUUUAGUCUCUCUCUCUCUCUCUCUCUCUCUCUCUCUCUCUCUCUCUCUCUCUCUCUCUCUCUCUCUCUCUCUCUCUCUCUCUCUCUCUCUCCGUCUCCGUCUCUACACCUUUCCAUCUCGAUCGCCUCUGGAAUAGAAUGACUCCUGAUGAAAAUGUCUCCCAAACACUUCAGUCUGGAAUAUGAGUCAUGAAUAUACAGCCAGAAAACAGCUGCAGUGCUUCAACUCCACAUUUCAAAGAGAAACGGAAAAGGAUGUGCACCAGAGAAAUGGACGAAAAGGAAAUCGGCUUUCCUUCCUGUUUAAUGGAUAUUUGCUGACUUGGCUUUUUGGGGUGCAUCCUUACCUUGGACUUGAGGUGCUGGGAAUGUUCUGUGACUGCCAAAUUAGCUUUUUUUUUCUUUCUUUCUUCAUUUUUAUUACCUAUUCAGAGUAAAUCUAGCUGAAUGACUGAUAAAAUUCAUUUUCACAAACCGUCUUUGAUCUCAAUUCCAUGAUUCCUUGGUGGCAGUGGAAAAAUGGCACACUUGACAGAAGAAUAGCGAUGCACACUUACACAAACACAUGCUGACACCCAUCGUGAACAAGUGAACAAACCCUCUCAUUAUCAUCAUCAUCAUCAUCAUCCCUUACAUGUGAAUACAAAUUCCCAAAAUGGAAUUCCCUCAUCACUUUCCAGUACUUUGACUUCGGAAGCUGAAUCUAACUUUGAGGGAAUCUCAGAUUAAAACCACUGACUUUUUUUACCCUGUUUACCCAACUCUAACUCCAACACAUUUCCGUCUCUCCCCCCCACCCACUCCACGUGGGGGGGAGAGCUUCCUCCUACAGGGUGAUCCCAGAAGCUUGUCCCGGCAAAAGGUGACUGUCGUGCAGGUGUCCAUCAACAUGGAUGCUGGCCAGGGCAGCCCAGAGAGCCCUAACCGGGCAGUGGAGUACCUGCUGGAGCUCAAUAACAUCAUUGAGAGCCAACAGAAGCUUCUGGAAACUCAACGGCGGCGCAUCGAGGAACUGGAAGUGCAGCUGGACCGACUCAGCCAGGAAAACAAAGACCUGAGGCUGGACCGACAGCCCUGCCCACCCCCACCUCCACCUCCCAUCCACCCUGUCCAGCCACCGACGUCCCACGCUGCAACCUCCACUGCCAUUUACGCCAAUCUGAGCCACAACAGCGGGCCUAUCCCAAUACCCAUCCCGGCUCCGGCGCCCCCGCCCCCACCACCACCCGUGCCACCACGGGAUCGCCGUGUCAAUGCCAACACGCACACAAGGCUUGGCCAAAGCCUGUCAGCUGGACCCAAUUCCACGGAGAGAGAAAGGGACCGAGACAGGGAACGAGAAAGAGAUGGUGCUGCUACCAGUUUGGGAAGCUCUCUGCAGAAACAGUCACCACCCUAUUCCACCUGUAGUACUUCUUCUACUCGUACCAAUUCUUCCACCUCCUCUACUGCUACUCCAGCUUCUACCUCUGUCCACACCAGUCUGACCGCAAACAGCCACUCCACCCACCACCAGUACUGCUGCCCCGCGCGGCUCCUUCUGCCCAAGCCGCCCUGCGCCCUCCCCCCUGCCCGGCACCCGGAGCAGGCAAGUGUGGAGGGAGAUCCUCAGUGUACAGACACAGCUAGCUUUUCCGACAGCACCUGCAGUCAGGGCCCAUACCUGGGCAACUCAGACCGCUACGGGAACAUCCGAAACAUUCCCGGCCCUCAGGGGCCUCCUGUGGCCCCUUCAAGCCCAGCGAGCCUGGCCUGGGCGCAACGGACCCGCCACCAACCCGCCAGCCUGGCACUCCGCAAGCAAGAGGAAGAAGAGAGCAAGCGCUGCAAAGCGCUCUCUGACAGCUAUGAGCUCUCCACGGACCUGCAGGACAAGAAGGUGGAGAUGCUGGAGAGGAAGUAUGGCGGUUACUUCCUGAGCAGGCGAGCGGCUCGCACAAUUCAGACAGCAUUCCGGCAGUAUCGCAUGAACAAGAACUUUCAACGGCUACGCAGUUCUGCCUCAGAAAGCCGAAUGACUCGCCGGAUCAUCCUGUCAAACAUGCGUUCGCAGUACUCGUUUGACGAGCGACAGCCACAGGUUCAGCCCCAAACGCCUCAGCAGCAGCAAGGUCGAUAUACCAGCCAUCACACUUCGACUCUAGGAACAGCUGGCCAGGCAGGAACCACAGGCACACAGCAGGACACUGACUCACCAGGACACUGUCCUUCAGACAGAGAGGAGUACUCGCAUGCAGAUGACGCCUUCAAUAAACAGGUGACCUCUCUGGCUGACUCUAUGGACGACACUCUCACGUGUCAGUCAGGCCGAGGAGAUUCUCAAGAUGGUGGUGGGGGAGGCGGCGAGGAGAGCGAGGAUUUCGGCGAGUGUGUGUGGAGCAACAAACCUACUUUGCGUAGGGGGGUCUUGGGGGAGCAAGAGCGUCUAGGGGUCAUGCAUGAGGACAGCACAGCCACCUCGUACAGUGACGUCACGCUUUAUAUGGAUGACGGCAUGCCGUGUUCUCCGCUAUCUAUCGAGCGGGUUCCCUCUAGCACAGACACCGAGUACUGGGGUGUCAGCAGUGGGGUUGGAGGCCGUGAAGACAGCCGGGAAACGGAGGGUGGUGGGAGCAAUAACAGCCGGCGGAGCACGCCUUGCACAGAAUGCAGAGAUUUCCGCUUGCGUGGGUCACACCUUCCUGUUCUUACCAUAGAACCACCUAGCGACAGCUCCGUUGACAUGAGCGACCGUUCCGAUCGAGGCUCCCUCAGCAGACAGCUGCUUUACGAGCAGGAGCCUACGACAGGUGGAUCACCCCAAGGGACUCUCAAACACAACCCUACACCUCGCACGCCCAAUCCGUGCGCGGCACAGGGCCAGACGCGACCCCCGGGUCGCCCCAUCCCAUCCCCUCUGCCUACACACUUACCGCACCACACUAUGAUGCACCACCAUCACCACCCACAUCUUCACCAUCCACUGCACCACCACCCUUUGCCACACAUCCAUCAUCCCUACCCAGACCCCACGUCUCCCUCACCCACCCAACCUCCACUCACACCCCUGUCUUCCUCAUCCUCCGCGCCCCUGCCCACUACUGGCCUGGAGCACUCGGAUGGGGACAAUGACUCCCUGAACUCCACCACCAACUCCAACGAAACCAUUAACUGCAGCUCAGGCUCUUCGUCUAGGGACAGUCUAAGAGAACCAUUGCCUCCUCUAGGAAAACAGACCUAUCAGAGAGAGAGCAGGCAUAGCUGGGACUCACCCGCCUUCAACAAUGAUGUGGUGCAGAGAAGGCAAUACCGCAUUGGACUCAACCUCUUCAACAAGAAACCAGAGAAGGGGAUCCAGUAUUUGAUAGAGAGGGGUUUUGUAUCAGACACACCUGUGGGCAUUGCACGCUUCAUCCUGGAGAGAAAAGGCCUAAGUAGACAGAUGAUCGGGGAGUUUCUGGGAAAUCGACAAAAACAGUUCAACAAGGAUGUGUUGGACUGUGUGUUGGAUGAGAUGGAUUUCUCGGGUAUGGAUCUGGAUGAUGCCCUGAGGAAGUUUCAGGCUCAGAUUAAGGUUCAGGGGGAAGCCCAGAAGGUUGAGAGACUGGUAGAGGCCUUCAGUCAGAGAUACUGCGUAUGCAACCCUGCACUCGUCCGCCAGUUUCAGAACCCAGACACUAUCUUCAUCCUGGCAUUUGCCAUCAUCCUCCUCAACACAGACAUGUACAGCCCCAACGUCAAAGCUGAGAGGAAGAUGAAGCUGGAGGAUUUUAUCAAGAACCUUAGAGGAGUGGAUAAUGGACAGGACAUUCCCAGGGAUAUGUUAGUGGGCAUCUACCAGCGCAUUCAGAAAUGGGAGCUCAGGACAAACGAUGACCACGUGUCUCAAGUGCAAGCUGUGGAGAGGGUCAUCGUGGGCAAGAAACCUGUGCUUUCUCUGCCACAUCGCAGGCUAGUGUGCUGUUGUCAGCUGUAUGAAGUCCCUGACCCCAAUCGACCGCAGAGGAGUGGAGUUCACCAGCGGGAGGUCUUCCUCUUUAAUGACCUGCUAGUGGUAACAAAGAUUUUUCAGAAGAAGAAGACGUCUGUGACGUACAGUUUCAGACAGUCUUUUCCCUUGGUGGAGAUGCAGGUUCAUAUGUUCCAGAACUCCUACUAUCCUCACGGUAUCAGACUGACAUCUGCAAUGCCCGGCAGUGAGCGUAAGGUUCUGAUUGUGUUCAACGCGCCGAGCCAGCAGGACCGAACACGCUUCACCAGCGAUCUGCGUGAGAGCGUCGCUGAGGUUCAGGAUAUGGAGAAAUACCGUGUAGAGUCCGAGUUAGAGAAGCAGAAAGGUGUGAUGCGUCCAGGGCUCCUGAGUGGAGAUGUGGGCGGGGUUGGCGGAAUGAAGACUGAGGCUGUGAACGGCACUCUGGGAAGGCCCAGUCUGGAUGACACGUACGCAGCAGGGGAGGGGCUCAAACGAACAGCACUUAGCUCCUCACUGAGAGACCUCUCUGAAACAGGAAAGCGAGGCCGUAGAAACAGUGUUGGCUCUUUGGAUAGUACCAUUGAAGGAUCCAUCAUUAACAGUCCUCAGCCACAUCAGCGUAUGCCCAUGGGGGGCGCUGUUCCCAGCUGCUACGGGCUGGAAGACUACCGGCCUCACCGCCCCAUCCUGAGCCCCGGAGUAGGGGUGGGGGGUGGGCCGGGGCAGCUUCACAACGCCGUAGGCAAUAUUGGGGGGGUCGCUGGCAUCAACGAUCGAGGUGGGGGGCCGGGGAGCAGUUCUGGAGGGAGCAAUUCCGGUUCCUUCCUGGGCUCCCUGUUUGGGAGCAAGCGCGCCAAACCCCCUGCUCCCCUUACUCCCCCCGGGCCACAUUACCCGGCUCCCGUGCCACCUCCUACUACAGGAGGGCCGCCGCCUCCAUCCCCCUCCGCCCUCAGCCAGUCAGACCCUGGUGGCCCAUCCAAGAUCCAAGCGCUGCACGCUCAGUACUGUCACAACAACUUUGGGCAGCCUCCGCCCCCCUACCACCAUCAUCAUCGGUUCCACAUGCAGGUGGCCGCCCCUGGCCAUCCGCCCGCUAUCCAUCACACCCUACAACGAGGGUCCCUCCCGCGACGCGGACCGCCCGCUCCUUCACACGCCCAGCUCCAACAGCAACUAUCCCAUCAUGCUAUGCAGCAAGGCCGCUACGCCAAUAUGGCCUGCACCCCUCCGCCUCUGUCCCCGCAUUCACCCCAUUCGCCCAUCGGCCCUUUCAACUUCUACCACGUGCACCCCAAUACCAUACGCCACGUACGGGUGCCCGGUCCUACCGGCAAGCUUCCUCUUACUCUGUCUCAUUCGCAACCCCACCCUCACGCCCACUCCCACGUUCACUCUCAUACCCACAGCCAUCCCGUCCACGCCCACAGCCCCCACCCCUUACUGCAUCACUCCGCCCAUCAAACUCAUUUCGUUUUCUCGCCACCCCCUCAGGCGCCAUCCGCCAUCACCGCCCGGCACAUACCCCAGGGCACCGCCCACUACAUACCGCAGUACCCGCCCCUCUCCUCCAUUCCGCCUCCUCCACCACAUUCCCCGUUACCUCCUCCUUCGUCACCACAUACCCCUCUCACCCCUCUUACUCCGCUCUCCCCGCUAGCCCCGCAGCUCCCAGGACCCAUGGGGUCGCAGUCGGGCGGCCCAGGGGGAGGGGGAGGAGGCGGAGCCAGCAACAGCAGCACGGUCGGCAGCUCCAAAUCCAAACCUAUCAACCGCAUCAGCACGGUGGUGUGAGGGUGAGCCGCGGCAGAGGGCGCAGAGUCUCAACGCGGAAGCGCCGGAGCCCGGGCAAGAGGAAGCAUACCAUACUCAGACUCUGUUACUUCCACAUCCGCUUCCCUCACGUGUAGAGUGGGAAAUCUGGCCGGCUACAUGCUCAUUGCUAGCCUGAAUGGCCUCUUGCUGUCCGCCGCCAUUCAAAACAGAGGCUGUGUAACAGCAUAAAAUCUCCGACUGAAGAUCUGAGGAGCCUGAUGGAGACAAUGGUGAAGCAGAUGAAGUGUUUUUAAGAGUAUGAGUUGAAUUUGACCUGCAUUUCUGCCAAAGGAAGAGGUUACAGGAGAAAAGGGGGUGCCAAUUUAAGUCAGACUGAUGAAUUUAAGAUUCAGUGUAAGACUCUAUAAACACUCAACAUGGACACAUAACUGGACAGAUGAGUGCAAAAUAUAAAAGAAACUGAACUUUUUUCAUUUGUAGUCUAUUCAGUUUUCAUGUGUCUCAGAUGACAAUCAUUUCAGGGUCAGUCAGAAUUUUUGCUUGAUACAUUCCUCAAAAUUGUCAAACGUAUUCCUCAGCGUGUAAGAAGGGCCAGCAUGCAUUUAGAGGGAUGCCAAACACUAUAUUUUGAUUCUUUUAAACUUUCAUUUUGACUUGUGAGUGAAGGGAUGCUUGGAAAAGUUUACUUAAAUCUACAUGGUAAAAAAAAAAAAAAAAAAAUCACUAUUUUGGAACUAUUUGAAAAAUGUUUUUUGCUUUGUUUUGUUUUUGUCUUGAAGAGGCUGGGCAUCAGGUUUGCAAUAAGUCAGCCAUAACAGUAAAAAACCUUUUUGAAGACCUCAGUGAAGUCAUUAUGUCAUGUGCGCCUUUCAUUUAUUAAACAGAAUGUGUAGAAAGAGAUUUAAAUUGUUUGGUAGAUACUUCUUUUUUCUGUUAUAUAAGACAAUUCAGUCUAACCUAAUGGAACAAACCUAAAUGUAACGUACACAAAAGAGUCAUGACUAAUAGCGACCAAUAAUCAAGACAUAGAUAAAUAGAAAAAUCAGAACUGCAUUUGUUUAUUUCCUGCCACCUGUUACCUCAGCAUCUCUCCUUCCCCUUUAGCAUUGCCAUUUCACUAUUAUUUUUGUUUGUUUAUUUAAACAAUCUCACCUGACCAAUGAAACAUUAUAUUUGGCAAUUCAUUACAUAACCUUAGUGCCUACUGUAAAGGUUUGUCAUUGGAGGUUCAGGAUCAUUGUGAUACACCUGGAUAUUUUCUCUGGAUGACCUGAUGGAGGAGCAGGGUGUUCAUAGAGAGUGUCAUUGAAACUUUGAAAUGAAUUGUGUACUUAUGGACUUGCGGUUGAAAUGUGUUACAGAUAUCUUAAAUACUUAGAAGUAACUGAAUUUUAAAAAUAACAUCUGGAUAUGGGUGAUUUUAAUGGGUGACUUUAUUACUAUUAUGAUGUCAAAUACUACUAAUAUAAUUCUUGCUUUUUUGGUGUAAAAGCUACUGCUAAUAUAAUACAUGGAUAUGUUUUAGCAGAGUGCCGUGCUGAGUGUUUUCUAAGAGCUUUUUUUAGACGGACCAACAAGCUAGGAUUUUUUUUGUGUACAAUUAAUGUUUAGCCAACUAAUUGGACUGCUGAUUUCAGGUAAAUGUUUUGCAGCAAGUUUAUAAAACUAUAUUAUCUACAUAAAAGCUGUACGAUCCAUGUAAAACUUGUCGUUGCCAGAAGCCAUACACACUUGAGCAACUCGCUCUUUUAAUAUUGUGAAUUUUGCUGAGUUGCAUGUCCAAUGUCAGUGCCCUCUUAUUUUUUUAUAUGAAAGCUGUUUAGAGGACUUAUGUUCAUGCACAAACACACUCAUUUACACUGAGAGACUGUAAAGCAUCUUUAAUUGUGAAGAUCUUUUUGCUGAAAGUUUCUGGUUUUGCACAUACACAAGUUAAAAAUCAUCAGUGCCUAGGAUCCAAAGUUCCAAUACCAUCUGCGUCCCUCCAAACAGUCCCUAUCUCAUUCUAAUUCUACUUCCCCCGCCUCGAGAACCAAAAUGGGGUUUUCUCUCUCCAUUAAGCAGAAUCAUUUACAGUAUUACAUUAGUGAUGAUGUUUGUGUUGAGGAGUUAUUUUUAUACUUAUAAAAUUUUAACAUUUUUUAAAAGUCCUACAAGGAUGAAAACAUCCUAAAUAAGAAUAUUAAUCUCUGCUGCUAGGCCCAGCCCUUUAUUUUACUAUUUUCUUUGCCUGUAUGAAAUACAUUUAGUCGAACUACAAUAAUGUUUAUUCAGGUAAUUGAUUCCAGUACUUCAAAUCUGCUAGCAUUAUCCAUAACUGGAAACCUUAAGGCCCUUGUAGACAAACAGGAGCUCCAUGUCCCUGUUCAUAAGCUGUGGCGUGAUCUGAAAUUUAGAGGGCCGUUCAACACAUUUCACGUUUUUUUCCUAUGGGUGGUUUUGCUUCUCUCUAACUCUAACGCUUUGCUCUUGUGCUUGUAUUAAGAGUCCUGAGUGCUGGGGCAUGCUGAGCUCAAACACAAAUAAAGCAGAGAUAUAUGACGUUUAAAAAAAAAAAAAGAAAUCGAUCCAGUAGUUUUUUGAGACGCGUGUUCUGGUUUCUGACACGCUAAUGUCUUGCGCCACCGUGCCCCGUGUUGCAUGUCUGCACUUACUGUAGCUGAAUGAUGCUGUAUAAACCUGAAUGUAUAUAUUAGCUAAUAUAAAUAUGCCAUAUUUACUCUGCACUGGACUGAGGAAUCAAUAUCUGGCUGGGAAUGGGAACAUGAACCAUUGUUUACAUUUUAAGGACCUGGGGAUGGGGGGGGCUUGGAACGAAUUGUAAUUGUAAAAUUGUAUCAGUAUGUGUGUGUAAGAGCAGUUCCUAUAUUUAAAAUAAUUAAUUGUAUGAAGUUUUAUUUGUAUAUAUGUAUGAGGUUUCGAUGCAGAACUAAUUGAGAGAAAUUAUGUGAUUAUUUAUUGCUCUCAUUCUAUAAAACAUGUUCUUGCUGUUGGAAA